AUGGGAAGCCUUCCAGCUGAAAUACUUGAGCCCAUUCUUGAAGAGAUCCAUUUGAAUUCUAUCUCCGGCGUCCGAGCUCUGGCCUGUGCAUCUCGGACUUGCCGUGCCCUGGCUAGCCCCUACUUGUUUAAACCACUCAAGUGUGAGUUCAUAGAGCUUGUACGAGGUGAUGACUUAGGGGGCCUAGCCGUUGUCACCUUGAGUACAGCAGACAAUUUCAAAACUCUCAAAUGUCAAAGUGGACUGCGGGGACAAGAUAGACUGCGGACAUUCACUCAAGUCCUGAGUGUAGAACAUACCUACGAAUGUUUCGAAUACCUGCCUGAUAGAUCCUUAUAUCAUUUCAACCUCUCAGCGCCCGCCCUCGACUUCUUGAGUCGCACCCUUCCUUUGCUAUCGAGACUGGUCAUCGACCUCGGCGAUUUCAUCGGUUACAGCCCUAGCUGGGAUCAAGCGUAUAAGAAAGCUACGAAAAAAAAUGCACGGUAUUCACAUGCACCAUUAUCAUGCGUAGACGGGCUGAACAUCGUCUGCGCCAUCGCUCGCUUCCAAAACCUCCGCCACCUCACUCUUCACUACAGGCUCCAACAAGACCAAAUCGCCCUCAUGCAUCCAACGCCCGGAUGCGAAGCCGUGCGCGAGCUAUUUGAGUCGAUCCAGAGACGGAAGCGAGGUCAAGCCAUUGUCCGGUUAGACGUGAUCUUCUACACUGACUCGAUCAACGUUUUCGGGUGCGUUGACCGCUCAUGGCAAAUCGAUCCACCUACAGUAUCGAACACGAUUACGAUAGUAUGCAAUAACAAUACCUCUUCCCAAGGUGACAAGCAAUCUCAGUGCAGCUGCACUUGCGACAAUACAGACUAUGGGAAGGUGAUCGAGCGCCGGAAGAGGACUGAGAGGCUCUAUGGGAGACAGGCAUGGACAUAUCGUCUCGGAAGUGUUCAAUGGAAGCUUUUGCAAGGCAGAUAUAGAACCUUGCCGUGGAGUAUCGUGAUGCAAUCACUUAUGUGGUUGGCGCUUUUACCGUCGAAUAUCGUCUUUGAGGAGGGCAAGCGCGUGCGGUAUGAACCAUCUCUGGCAGAUGUGGAGGUGAGCUGCCGUCAGGAUUACUCGGAUCGACGAACCCGCUUCAGAGAGAGAUUGUUCGAGAGGAUAUUACCAUAUUAG